AAGCGUGGUGAUUAUAGUCGAUCGCUCACACGCCGCCUUCUACAUUUUGUGGUACAUAUUCAUACUGUUGUGCCUAUGUGACAUGUAUACUUUGAUGUGAUUCCAAGCUUGAACUGGAACAGAACAAAUGAAAACAUCCAACCAUGAUUAUUACUUUAGCUUUUCUUUAGUUAAAUAGCCGCACGCUUGAUGCAAGAUGGAGUUCAAACAGUCACCAUGGUCAGCUGAGCAGCGGCGGCAGUCAAUGCGCGCCCGUGCCAAGGAUGCGGAAUCAGCCAAGGACCAGCCGCUGCAGAUGUACCUGGUGCCGCCCACUGGUGAUGUCACGCUGGAGGAGUUUGACGCGCUCGCUGCUGAGAGGCUCCAGGUUUUGCGGACAUUCGAGCGUGCCGGUCACGUGGGGAAGCAGAAGUUCUCGGUGGAGUGGGAGGAGUUCAUUCUGAGCGACCUGAAACGCCAAAAACUGAACGCCUACUACCAGCUGUUGUCGCGGCGCGGUGACUCCUCGGCUGCGGCGGUGCUGUCGGCGGAGGCGUUGCGACGCGACCAUAUCUCGCACUUUAUCCUGCGGCUGGCCUACUGUCGGACCGAGGAGCUCCGGGCCUGGUUCAUCCAGCACGAGGUGGAGAUGUUCCGACUCCGUUUCCAAUCUCAGAGGACGAUGGAUCCGGAUGUCGGGAAGUUCCUCGCCGACAACGGGAUUCACCUGAACGAGGUGGAGGCGGCCGAGCGGGACCGUCUGCGCGAGCCGCUGGUGAACGGCACGGCGCGCGUCACGGCCGACACCCUGGAGCUGACCCAGUGGUACACGGUGCCGUUCGUGGAGGCCCUGGACCUGGUGCGCGGCCGGCGCGUGUUCCUCCGAGCCGGCAUGGCCUACAUCCCGGCACGGGAUCUGGGGUCGAUUGUGGCGGCCAAGUUCCGCGCCCAUCUGCAGCACGCUCUGGCGAUGUCUCGCCGGCUGUUGCCCGAAGUCGAGGAGGACUCGCGGCUGAAGAGCAUGCUAAACGACUUCGACAAGCGCUACACGGGCCGCGACUACUCCGCCAAGGGCGACGACAACACGGUGACGCCUGAAAUGAUCGACGACCUCAGUCGGCAGUCGUUCCCGCCCUGUAUGCGCGAGCUGCACGAGCGACUGCGCGCCAACCACAAGCUCUUCCACGGCGGUCGGCAGCAGUACGGCCUGUUUCUGAAGGCCGUCGGUAUGUCGCUGGAUAACGCCAUCAUCUUCUGGAGGGAGGAGUUCACCAAGGUCAUGGAUAAUGAUAAGUUCCACAAGCAGUACCUGUACAACAUUCGGCACAAUUACGGACAGGAGGGCAAGCGCGCCAGCUACAGCGCCAUGCCCUGCAGCAAGAUCCUAAUGUCGGGAUCCAACGACUCUGGGUGUCCGUUCAAGCACUACGACCGAGACCAUCUGGGAAAGAUGCUCAGCGCCCACGGUAUCGAUAAGACCGGCUCUUCGGAGAUUUUCGAGCUGACUGAGCGCUCGCAGCCUCAGCUGGCCUGUCAGAAGUACUGGGAGCUGGUGCACCGCACGCCGUUCGAGGGCGCCAUGCAACACCCCAACCAGUACUAUGAGGAGAGUAGGAAGACGUUCGGCGGACACCGCGCCAAGACCGACAGGGGUCUGGACCGGAGUCACGUGAUCCGCGCCUCGCUGCCGGCGAAGCCGUCGCCGUCGGGCGCCGCUGCUGCCAACACCUCUGCGACCCAGGCGGUCUGGGACGAGGACGGUGACGUGGAGAUGAGCGAGGACCUGCUGCAGUCGCUGGAGGCUACUGGAUGAGAUCGGCGCUGCAUCUGCCUGUGAGGUUCAUCUCCACCUGCGGCCGAUCAUGGAUCGCCGACUCGUCCGCUGGUCAUCAUUCCCGUCGUGGACUACUACGAGCUGCCUUACCACACUCUGAGUUUUGCAGUUGCUGAAUCAACCGUCCUGGGAUGACCUGAGAAGUGAGAGAUGUCGACUCAUUGAUAGCAGUUGUCAAUACGCAAUUGCUACGAAGGCUUGAGGUCACGUUCGCAGUUUGCUCAUAAAAUUGUCAGGUGUUUAAUUGACAGGUAUAUUUUUACAGCCAAAGUUGUGGCAUUGCGAAGGUUAGCUAGAGCGUGAACUACGGACGAACAGCACGAGAGCCCAGCCUCAUUCCACUCAGAAGGGCAGACCAAUAUUACUGGGACAGGCGUCAGACACAUAUUCAUGAAGUUAUUCUCAAAGGCGCAACUCGGGCAGUUGGAAAUGGUACAUUUGUUAGAAGUCAGCAGACUUUUUGUCAUGGUGUUCGAUCGGCGUUCGAGUGUUUGACUGCUCGCUGUCGAAUGUCUAUGUUUAUGUUUAUUUGCUCAUCACCAACAGGUACAGAUAAAACCCGGUUACAGGUGAAGUCAUGGAUAAAUAUAAGAUAAAUCUGUCUGUCUGUCUUUAUCUCUUAAAUAAAUCUGUCUGUCUUAAAUCUGUCUGUCUUUACAAUGUCUGUUGAAUGUGUGCCUUUACAAUGACCGUAAUGAUGGUGUAAUGCAUUCGUAUAAUACAUGAGUAGGUAUGCUUA